AAAAGCUCUCUGCUAUUACUCAAUUGGUUUUUGAGUUCUUAUCUCUCCUUUCUUAGUUGUCAUGGCGUUUCAGUCGCAUUAUUUUAGCUUCUGGUUCUUUGUGAUUUUAAUCUUGUUUGGGUCGUGCACUGCACAAUUAUCAUCCAAUUACUAUGCAAAAACAUGCCCGAGAGCUCUCUCUAUUAUUAGAGCUGCAGUAUACGGUGCAGUGGGCAAGGAGUCUCGCAUGGGAGCUUCUUUGCUCCGUCUCCAUUUCCAUGACUGUUUUGUUAAUGGUUGUGAUGCUUCUGUACUACUGGACGAUAAUAACAGUACAAAUUUUACCGGGGAGAAGAGUGCAGCCCCAAAUGCAAAUUCACUAAGAGGCUUUGAAGUGAUCGAUGCUAUUAAAACUCAAGUGGAGAAUAUCUGCCCUGGUGUUGUUUCUUGUGCAGAUAUUCUGGCUGUCACUGCCCGAGAUUCCGUCGCUGCUUUAGGCGGGCCAAGUUGGACAGUUCAAUUAGGCAGAAGAGACUCGACCACAGCAAGCUUCAGCAAUGCAAAUACCGACCUUGCUUCCCCACUAAUGAACCUAGAUGAACUUAUAUCCGUGUUCUCCAAUAAAGGUUUCACUGCAAAAGAAAUGGUUGCUCUCUCAGGAGCUCAUACCACAGGCCAAGCGAGGUGUUUACUUUUUCGAAAUAGGAUCUACAACGAGACAAAUAUAGAUUCAACGUUUGCAAAAUCAAUUCAAUCAAACUGUCCAAGCACAGGCGGCGGUGACAACCUUUCUCCGCUAGAUGCUACUACUCCAGUAAUUUUCGACAAUGCUUAUUUCAAGAAUUUGAUUAAUAAAAAGGGCCUACUUCAUUCAGACCAACAACUCUUCAAUGGGGGCUCCAUGGACUCUCAGGUCACUACAUACAGCGACAACCCCAUCACAUUUUCUACUGAUUUUGCUGAUGCCAUGGUGAAAAUGGGGAACCUUAGUCCCUUGACAGGAAACAACGGGCAAAUUCGCACUAAUUGCAGGAAAGUGAACUGAUCUAAAGCAAGUUGGCCUAUAACUCUAUAUUACUAGUAUAAUUGAUGGGUUGUAAUUUCUCAUUUGUUCUUUUUCAUUUUCACUUUUGUUCAAUGUUAUAUGAGGACAAUAUAUGGCCUUAAAGUUGCCAACCACUCCAACAAAUAUUAAUAAAACAAGAACAGUUCCG